AUGAGCCGUACCUUGCCUGCGCGGCAGGCUGAAGAACUGCACAAGUCCAUCAUAGCCUACCUUUCGGCCAACGGCCUGCAAAGCAGCGCGACGGCGCUCCGCGAGGAGCUGUCGCUCGGCGAAGAUGUAUACGACCCAGCCACGGCCAAGAAGUACGAGACACUGCUGGAGAAGAAAUGGACGAGCAUUGUGCGGUUACAAAAAAAGAUCAUGGAGCUGGAAACGAGAAACGCACAACUACAGUCCGAGCUCGAUAGUGCCACCCCAACCUCCAUAUCAAAACGAAAUACCGAUCCUGGCUCCUGGCUGCCGCGGGCUCCGGCACGACACAAUAUGGAAGGUCACCGUGACUCUGUCAAUUGCGUGGCGUUCCAUCCUAAAUUCACAUCGUUGGCUACGGGAUCGGAAGACUGCACAAUCAAGAUCUGGGACUGGGAGCUUGGCGAGGCCGAGCAGACCGUCAAGGGCCACACUAGACCUGUGCAGGAUAUUGACUAUGGUGGUCCCAAGACGGCAAUUCUGCUAGCAUCCUGCAGCUCCGACCUGACGAUUAAGCUGUGGGACCCCGCGGACGGUUAUAAAAACAUUCGCACCCUAUCCGGCCACGACCACAGUGUUAGUGCGGUCCGCUUUAUACCAUCGGGCUCGGCCGGUGUAUUCUCCUCUGGUAACAUGCUUGUGAGCGCUAGUGGCGACAAGACACUCAAAAUUUGGGACACAACAACGGGAUAUUGCGUCAAGACGUUAUCCGGACACGCCGACUGGGUCCGCGAUGUCUGUCCCUCCCCCGACGGCAACUAUCUUAUUUCGACAAGUGCGGACCACAUGGGACGAUUAUGGGACCUCACUCUGCCGAACCCCGAGAGCAAGGCCACCAUGAUUGGCCACGAGCACGUUGUCCAAUGCUGCGCUUUCGCCCCACCAUCCGCCUAUCAGCACUUGGCCGCGAUAGCUGGACUGAAGAAGCCUCCGCCGUUGACGAGCCCCGCCGAAUUCAUCGCCACCGGCUCACGAGACAAGACGAUUCGGCUAUGGGACUCACGAGGGACAUGUCUCAAGGUGCUCAUCGGUCACGACAACUGGAUCAACGCGCUUGUGUUCCAUCCCAGCGGCAAAUAUUUGCUCUCAGCCGCCGACGAUAAAUCGAUACGCUGCUGGGAUCUCGCGCAAGAAGCCAAGUGCGUCAAGACGCUGAAGGAAGCGCACACUCACUUUGUCAAGUGUCUGCGGUGGGCGCCCAGCAUUGUGAAGGACGCGCCAGCUACGAAUGGGGGCUCGGCCGGCCACGGCGAAGGCACGGACGGGGGCGCUGUCAAGAAGCUGGAGAGCGACAAUGCACAAAUUCGCUGCGUCAUUGCGACCGGUGGCGUUGAUAACAUUGUCCGGGUGUGGGCGAAUUAG